UGUAGUUUAUUUAGGUAAGGUUAUCCUGUUAGCUUGUUUUCUGGGGUGGGAGUGAAUGUGGUGUUGCAGGAACAUUUAUUGAUUAUGCAGUAUGUUGUGUUGUAUACAUUUAAAGAGGCACUAGGUAGGAUGACGUCAUUUGCGUGCUGCCCGUGACAUGCCUGUCUCAAAAUCGACACCGUAAUGAAAAAAUGCUGUUCAAAUAAACUCGCUGUGAGUUUUUCAUCCCGGAAUGCCAACAGUUGAUACAAAUCUGAAUGCGAGCGCCAGCGUAUAAAAACCUGGUGGCCCCCGAAGCCUUCACUCACAGUCACCCAGAGCGAUAACAGCACCUACUCCGGAGUCACCAUGUCCUCCAGCGGCGAGAAGACCAAGGCUGCCUCUCAGACCGACGGCAAGGCCGCCCAGGGCAGAGAGAAGAGAUCCGAGCAGGGAAAUAUGUCCUACAAGAUGUGCGUGUGGGACCAGGAGAACUUCCAGGGUCGCUGCAUGGAGAUCAACAACGAGUGCGUGAACGUUUGUGCCAUGGGCAUGGACAAUGUGCGCUCCCUCAAGGUGUUCUGCGGACCCUUCGUCGGCUACGAGCAGAUGAACUUCUGCGGUGAGAUGUACAUCCUGGAGAAGGGAGAGUACCCCCGCUGGGACACCUGGAGCAACAGCAUGAAGAACGACUACAUGAUGUCCUUCAGACCCAUCAGAAUGGACGCUGAGAAGCACAAGAUCUGCCUGUACGAGGUUGGAGAGUUCAAGGGUCGCAAGAUGGAGAUCAUCGACGAUGACGUGCCCAGCAUGUUCGCCUAUGGCUUCACUGAUAGAGUUGGCAGCAUCAUGGUCAGCUGUGGAACCUGGGUGGGCUACCAGUACCCCGGUUACCGUGGCUGCCAGUACCUGCUGGAGAAGGGCGAGUUCAGGCACUUCAACGAGUACGGCGCCCGCUGCCCCCAGUUCCAGUCUGUGCGUCGCAUCCGCGACAUGCAGUGGCACCCUGAGGGCUGCUACACCAUGGCCACCAAGUGAGGGCCCCGGAGGACGAGGAAGAGGGGGAGCGCGGGAGAGGGAAAAGGAGACAGGGAUGCGGGAAGAGGAGCAGGAGCAGCAGGAGGAGCAGGAGCAGGAGAAAGAGAGAGAGGGGCAGGAGGGUCGGGUGAGGCGGCCGCCGUGAGAAAGCGCGCCGCCGCCACCGGUGGGGAGUGCGGAGGAAGUGGGGGAGGCAGCGAUCACCACAGGGCCAAGAAGGAACGCAAGAAAGGCCCGUAAGCCCACGUAGGCCCACGGAUGACAUCACACAUC